AUGUCGAACAUCACCAGAGCGUUUACACGGCGCAAUAAGCGUCCUGAAGUGUCCGCCCCCAUGCCAUACCGUGGCGACGGGCACAUCCGACUCAACUCAGCAAGCGUUAAGCGAGGCAAUAUCUCUGGGCCGGUCCAGUUGUUGUCCACAACGAAUAUGAUCGCUUACAACGCACCUGACAUCAACUCGGCCAACUCAUCGUCAGCCUCAUCUUUAGGAUCGCGAGAUGACUCCGACUCGGCCAUGUCCCCACAAAGCUACGCAUCUUCAAUGACCUCGCCCGACGUAUCUCCCCAUGAGAGCUGUCCCGUUGAUGCAAAUCCGAUGUCCUAUUUCCCGAAGCGCUCAGCCACGGUGACAAGCCAACCGCGCUCCUCGACUUCGUCUUCAUCAACUACAGAUACCCCGCUAUUGCCCAAGCGUGCUUUGUCACACACCAAGCGGUCUCAUCAGGAGCUCGCUCACAAGCGAUCCGUCUCUAGGAUGUCUCCACCUCCGCUGAACGCGCGCGCGCCGACUAUCCGCGCAUCGCAAGAUUUCUUCCAAUCCGAGCAUCCAUUCAGCAAAGAGCUGGAGAAGGUCAAUGAAGUUGCAGAGGAGUUUGGAGGUCUCAAUUUGCUCGACGAGGAAGAGCGAAUUCUUUACGACAAGGGAUUGAAGAAGUUCUCUGCCGAAGACUAUCUCGCUGAGGUUGAAGAACUGUACGGCAGCAUUUUCGAGGACACUCGUGGAAAUAUGUACACGUCUUGGUUCUAA